AUGGUGGAGGGACCAAGUCGGCCUGCGAAGAAGGGAUCACGCCGCUCGCAGGCCAACGCAGCGGCGGCGGCUGCGCAAUUCGGCACCGUUGGCAAGAUCAGACACCUCAAGAAAGACGAUGGCGAGCCUCUGUGGCGGAAGGACAUUCAGUACGAUUUCCUGAGGGCCGUCUUCGACAACGACAUGAAGGUCUUCACCAACAGUUACGACCACAACCCGACGGAGAAGCAGAACUUUGCCGAGCUCUACAUCGAUACCAUGGCGAGGAGUAGCAAGACCAGCAAGGUUCUGCGCGACAAACUGCUUAGUGAUCAUGAAGCCGCCAAGAGCAUGGCCAUGGUCUGCCUCCUUGUCAAUGUUGGCCGCAUGAACACAACUCUUAACUUCUUCCCCGAGAUGCGGGCCCAGCUGCGAACGUACCACGCCAUUCCGUCGCUGCAGGCUCACCAAGAUGCCUCUGCCUACAAGCAGCUGCAAGACGCUCCAAGAUUGAAAUCCAUCUUGAAGGGGGCGGCUGAGGACCGACCCUCAGAGCCCAAGACGCUCAACGACUUCAAGGACGCAGCCAUGCCGCGAACCAAUCCCGUCAACCUCAUCUUCCUCAUCGCCCAGCAGGCCCCACAAGUGGCCGAGCUGCAUUUUCCCAUCGACGGCGAGUUCCACGACUUGAUCAUGAAGACGAAUUAUACCAGUCACUCCCGAGCGAAUGCCUUCCUAUGGCUUAUGUGGUUCUACCUAGAGUCCGACUUCACGGAAGAGGGGUGUGAGGAAAAUCCCUUCGGAGCAGGCGUCGACUAUGGUAAAGAUGUAGCCAAUCAAGGUGUCCCCGAGAUGAAGCUAAUGACGAAGGAGGAGGAAGAGGCGGAGAAUAUUGAUACUGAACUGGAGCUCGAGUUUGGCCGCGAAAAACAAGCUCACAGAGCCAAGAUCAUCGCCGCCGAUCAGGUCUUUUCUCAAGAGCAACCUACGAAGCGAGGCUCCAAAGCCAGGCUCCUGGAAGAUGGGCCUACAGCUGCCAUUCUCCCGCGAAUUCGACCAUCCAAGCACGAAUCAGAUCUUGACAGCACCAGGUCCACACCUCCGCCGAGAGCUUUCGGUCGUCUUGGGGCCAACAGCACCGCACGGAGGGGUGGGGCUCCCCUUAAGCACCAGCUAUUUGAGGCUUCAUCUCCCGCCGGCCCUUCCUCUCACUUCGAUGGCAUUGUUCCCCGCAAGCCGCGGCCGCCCACCGCGCACCAAUUAGCCGUUGAGCGCAACCGCAACCAACGAGUCGAGUACAUCCUUGACCGAGGGCUCCGGAAGGAGCAUCGCAAGGCCCGUAAGUUACGUCGACAAGAAGGCGCCAUAAUUCGCGCCAGGCAUCGACUGGAUCUCAUGCCGGACCCGCUCAUUGACAGCGAUGACGAGGAUCAUGUUCCCUAUGCCAUGCAGAAGCAAGCGGCGCUGCCCUUCCGGGAUGUGGGCUUUGGCGGGUUAUGUCCACUUACCGUCGAAGUAGACGACUUCGGCGAAGAGUUCAGCUCGUACUCAGCUGCCAUGAGACGGGCAGGCCGCCGCCUCGAACGAUGGGAUUUGCGCGGCGGUCCCGAGCUCGGCGUAAUACCUGCGACUAAGAAGCGAUCACACCGACCCGUCUCGCCUGAUGAAACGUUCGAUAGAGGCGAGUCUGGUGACCUAUCUGACGGGGGAGACAACGGAGUUAGCGGGCACAGACUGAAUGGGGACGUUAACGGUGAUGUUGCUAUGGAUGAUGCUGAUGACCUCGACGACGUCAGUAAGGAGCUUCUUGGCAUGGUGAGCGGGGGCGAAGAUGCAAAAGAUGAAGAUGAGGAGCUCAACGAUGUCGAGAAGGCCUUGUUGGGACUCGAUGAUGAGGAUUCCGAUGGCUCGGCACUGUAG